UUUUUUGUGGAGAUCAUUUAUUUGCAUAACUUUGAAAGUUGGCGAAAAUCCAUUACUCAUUCAAUUGUUAUCCUCAACCUCAACUACUUUAGCCUGACCACUAAACUUGAAAGCACACCACCGUUUCUCCCAACUUUAGAAUUGCCGCCUUCAUAUUCUGAUAAUUUCCUCAUUAUUCUCGUUGAUGAUCACUGCCCAACAAAAUCUAAUAUCCAAAUUUCUCGUUGCUGCUGGAUUGGUCCGAAACGCAAUUUUGAUUCACGGUGGAUCUUUCUUUCUGCUCUUGCGCUCCCCUUCUCCCGCACAAUUUUAUUUAUUUUAUUCCUUAGUAAUUGCCUCGACUUCUCUCUUUUUUGAUCCACCUUUUUAGGUAGUCGCUGUAGGUUGACUAAGAUCCGAAUCGAAUUCCCAAUUGGGCGAGAUUAUUAUUCAGUUUCGCAAGGAUUUUAAGUUAUUUUUAUUUUUUUUUAAUUUCUUUGCGUUUUUAAUAAACCCCGAGUGAAAUCAUGAUGCGCAGUGGCAUCUCUGUGAUCUUUAAUCUGAUUGUUUGAGUUGGAAUUUUUGGGGUAUUGUUUUUCUUCCCAUGGGGUUUUUGAAUUUUUUUUGAGGCUGAUUAAGGGUGAAAAGCAGAAUAUAAAGAUUCAGUCGUGGUUCCUUAUGUGGUAGAUUUUUGACAAUUUGGAGACCUUAUAUAUAUUGUAGCGGUGUAGGGAAAAGGCAGAGCGAUAGAGAGAUGGUGCGGAAUAGGGAGAAAGAAGAAGCAGAGUCUCGAUUAAUUCCUCCUGUUUCGAUAUCAGUUGCAGAUUCAUCGAUUAGUCUAAUAAAAGUUGUCUCCACUUUGAUUAUUUUUGUUUUGGGUAUAGUUAUAGGAUUAGUUUCUAGCUUUCACCUCCAUAGGUACUUCACUUUCGAGGGUGAUCAGUUUAGUUUCAAGAGUAUUUAUUUUGAAACCCAGCAAUUUAGCAGCCACGAUAAUCAGAUGAUGCUUGUAAAUGGCGAAAGAGUCGAUUGCCUGAGGAUGGAGAGAUUUACCAGGCAGAGGAAUUUGAUGCAUCAAAUGACAGACAAGGAGUUGUUUUGGAGGGCCUCACUAGUGCCCCAAAAGGAAGAGUUUCCAUUCAGGAGAGUGCCUAGAGUGGCGUUCAUGUUCUUGACUCGUGGGCCGUUGCCCAUGUUGCCAUUGUGGGAGAGGUUCUUUAGUGGUCAGGAUGUGGAAAAAUACUCUAUAUAUGUGCAUGCUCUUCCUGGAUUUGAGCUACAAGUGUCCAACUCAUCUGUCUUUUACAGGCGCCAGAUCCCUAGUCAGCAUGUCGAAUGGGGAUCAGUGUCGCUGGUUGAUGCAGAGAAACGGCUUCUAGCCAAUGCUCUUCUCGACUUCUCAAAUGAGCGGUUUGUACUGCUAUCGGAGAGUUGUAUCCCUAUUUACAACUUCCCCACAAUCUACUCAUAUCUCAUGGGAUCUGACCAUAGUUUUGUGGAGUCAUACGAUGACCCUUCUCGUUAUGGCCGUGGCCGCUACAGCCGUUGGAUGAAACCAGAUAUUAGACUUUCUGAAUGGAGGAAAGGGUCUCAGUGGUUUGAGGUUCGUCGUAAUUUGGCUGUGCGAAUAGUUGCAGACAGCAAGUAUUACUUGCUUUUCAAGAAGUACUGCAGACCUUCUUGCUACCCAGAUGAGCAUUAUCUUCCAACGUAUCUACGCAAGUUCUAUGGCGCCCUUAAUGCUAACCGAACAAUAACUUAUGUCGACUGGUCGCAAAUGGGUCCCCAUCCGGCAAACUUCACGGCUGCUAACAUAACUGUAGGAUUCUUACACUCAAUCAGGAACAAUAUCACAGAAUGUUCCUACAACUCAGGAAACACAUCACUCUGUUAUCUCUUUGCUAGGAAGUUUGAUCCCACCUCUUUAGAGCCUUUACUCAACAUGACUUCGCAAGUAUUGGGAUUUUGAAGUGAUAAUGAGAUUUUGAUAUAUACUUGUUACAA